GCUCAGCAUGCUGCCGGACCGCUCCUCCACUCCCUCAGGAAGCAUCAAACUCUUGUUCCUGGCCUUAGCUGUCCUCGUGGUCCUGGCUCAGACUUCCCCAGAUGGAUGGCUUAAAAAGUGCUAUUAUGGCCUGGGAAGAUGCAGGAAAUCAUGUAAAGAAGAAGAGAAGAAGAGAGAAAAAUGUGGGAAAACUCUGACUUGCUGCCUCCUAUCAAAAAACGCUAAAUUAUCACAUUUCUCCCCAAGACCUAUAACAGGAAAUUGUUAAAAUCCAAAAAGAGGAUGGCGCCUGCGAGCCAAGGAGAGGAGCCUGGGAAGAAAGCAACACCACUGACAUUUUGAUCUCGGACUGUGAGACUCCAGAACUG